UAAAAAGUUGGCACAGUUUAAAUUGGGGAAGUGUUUCAUGCUAAUAACGUUAGCAUCGAGCUAGUUUGCUUGUUCACCAGAAGUUUGCGAAGUAACAUUAAGUUAUGUUGUUAAACGUUAAACUUACCUUUCAUAGUAAGUUAAUGUAUUCAUAGUUAUUGUUGCAGCCAAACCCGUUACCGUAACGAGAGCAGCAGAUUAGAGCACAACAUUAACCAGCUCUCAAAUAGUUAUUUCUCUUUUGUAAACAGUAGCCUAUGUUACUGAUAUCAAGAGUUUCCAUAUCAGUGCCUCCUUCACCUUUUUAUCAGAUUGACUGCUGCAUGAGUGCAAAUGAGGCUUUUAAUUGUGUGAACAGCAGUGAUUUAUAUCUGAUGCAAGAGGUCACCGAAGUGGUGCUGACAAUAGUUGUGCAGGGAAGCAUGAGUCACACAUUAUGAAGUUAAUCCAGGUCAUGCUGCUGUCCUUUUCCCUGGUGGCUCAAGCUACAGGAGAGUCUGAUGUGAUUGGCUCACACGAACCAAUUGAAGUAGUCGUUGGUGGUGACGUCAUUCUGCCGUGCCACGUGAAGUCCAAAGAUAAUGUGACAAAUCUAACAGUGGAAUGGAGACUCAAUAAAACCAAAGUGCUAGUCUAUCGGAGUGGGAGGUAUGAUCCAUUUUCUCAAGACCAGCGGUUUAAAGACAGAACAUCUCUCUUCCUUGGUGAUAAAAUGGCCAGUGGAAACAUUUCACUGAAACUGACCAACGUGACUCAAAACGAUGCAGGAAAUUAUACCUGCAUCAUUCCCAAACUGCAGGGUCAGUUCAAGAAAGGGAACGUUAGUCUUAUUGUUGCAGAGCUAAGGACGACAAAAGAUGAAAAAAAAAAGAUUGAUGGACCAGACCCUGUUCAUUCUAUCACUAUCAUUGUCAUUGUCAUCGUCGUUGUCGUUGGACUUAUCUAUCUGGUGACCCAUCGGAGGUGCCCGACCCUUAGGUCGGGAACACAAGCCCAUCAAGAGGACAAUCAUCAGGCAAUACCACUGAACCAUGUGGGGAACACCAAUGACACUAAUGUUUAAUAGUGGUGUAAUGGAACGUAGUUGAUUUGUGAUCUGUACUGAUCAGCCCCCACGGUUCAGCACACAUGUGAACUACAGAUUACACAUUACAUUACAUUUUAUGUCUCAUUGAAGACAAAGUAAACAAACUCCUAUAGCUACAAAUCAUGGACAGUGUGUUGCUAACAGGGAUUUUGAAGAGCAACGACCAAACCAGCAUCUAAUGAGACCAAACUGACUUCUGCAGGUAUAUUUAAUGAGCUAUCUAGCUAUCUACUUACUGACGUUAACGGUACAUUUUUUUCUGGUAAAUGUUUGUUUGGUGGCUCAUUCAACAAGCUGCACACGAUAUGUGUUCAUGUUUGUGAGUGUAUCAUCAAGUUUUAAUAAUAUGGAUGCAGGCUGUUGUUUCAUUAACUACCAUGUUUAAAGGAAGAAGGUAUCAUGCUUUAUAUUGCACUUCAAUUUAAUAGCUGAGUAUUGUAUAUUUCAUAUAUAUUAAGAUUGUAUCCAAAUAUUGGAGAUUUUGAAUGUUUUCUUUUAAGACCACUGGUCAAACUUUAUAGCUUUAAGUGUUUUACAGAAUAAAUGGAAAAGAAAGGACCAAUUAUUCACAAUACUAUGAAAAUGAAGAGAUCUUUUGUACUGUAAUAUGCUGGACUAAAAUACUGGAGCAAGGAAUUGUUCAGAAGUUAUUCUUAAUAUUAGUGUGGAGUUACCUCAAAUAUAACUUUGUCACUUGAAUGAGGAAACCCUUUUUGCACUGUACAGUCUCUGCACUGAGCCUCAGAGGGCAGCUUGCUGAGAUGUUUGUAAGACGUACUGUAGAACAUUUUGCAUCCUGAAGAAGUUUUUUAAAAUAAUUUUCAUAACACUUUUGAUACAGUAAACCAUAUGGGAAUAAAAAUGGGAUUAUAUUUCUUUCAUCUCAGGCCAGGAUUAAAUCUUGACUGGAACCUUCGCAGUAUUACUUGAUAACUCUGUAUUCUCUACUUGAACACUUAAAGACUCAUUAUUUUUAGAGUGGUAAAAUGAAUAUGUUGCUUUAUGCUUGAUUUAUGAAUGCAUGCUUUUAUUAACCAGUUGUGAAACACAUUGCACUAUCUGUUUUUGUAAAGUGCAAUAUUAAAAAUGUAUUAAUGUUACAAGUUUACAAGCUUUUGAUAUACUCGUACUUUUUAUUCUUAACCAAAAUCACUAUGUUACAUGAAGUCAGUAACAUCUGGAUACUAUGACGGUGAAACUGUUGUUUCUGAAUAAAUGAGUUUUUUUGAA